AUGUAUGGUAACUAUCUGAAGCUGAAACAUUAUAUAUUUGUGAAACGUGGUGGCCGAGAGAAACGACGAGAGCACGUGUGCGAGCACUGUCAGCGCCAUGGCUUGGGGCACGAUAUGCACAUCAUCGAAGAGCAAAGGAUUCCCGCUCUUCUGGUGCUAGCCAUUCUUGUUCUCUAUACAGCACUUGGUGGAGUUCUUAUGUCGAAAAUAGAACCGUGGACGUUUUUCACUUCAUUCUAUUGGUCAUUCAUUACUAUGACUACUGUAAGCUUUAACUUUUAUCACAUUGACUUCCAUGUCAGGUUUAUCCUGCGAUCAGUCCCUCAUCCCUUCUACAUCAAUAAAGACGUAUUUCAGGUCGGGUUCGGCGAUUUGAUGCCACGUCGUGACGAGUACAUGUAUAUCAUUUUAUUAUAUAUCAUUCUAGGUCAGUUCAGUGUUCGCAGAACUAAUCUUUCGUUUUCUGGACUUUUUGUCCUUCAAAAGCUUAACCUCACCUAUAACCUCAUAAUGUAG